ACGGCGCGGUGCCGCGCUGCGCCGCGCCGCAACGCGCCUCGAGCGCAGUCAAUACCGGUCCAGCGACCGAUUUGGAGGGCUGUUCUCUUCUUGAUCUUUCGUUUCUGAGGAAGGAAGCUGACAGAAGCAGUCUGUGAAAAGAGUUAACGCAAAAGAGAUCGCAAUGCGGACGAAGCUGCAGCUGCUGUUGCUCGCGCUGCUCCUGGCCGUUCUAAUAGUGGACGCGUCCAACCAGCGCAAACGGAAAUUCGGUCGGCGUCGUACGACCACGACCGAAGCAUCCGUGCAGGAUGAAAUCAUGAACAUGCUGGAGGCUGACGAAACAGCCGAGGAGGCGGCGGCAGCGGCGGACGCUGAGGUCACUCUCGAAAAUGGCAGAAACGAGGUUGGAUCGAAGCGAGAGCGUUUGCUCCAAGCGGACCCGUGUAUGGACAAACAUUGCGGUGCAGGACGCGUUUGCCAGAGCACGGAGGAGGGCACGGCCGAGUGCGUUUGCGUGGAAGUCUGCAACCCGGAGGUCGAUCCGCGUCGCAAAGUCUGCACCAACUACAACGAGACCUUCGGUAGCGAUUGCGAAGUUUAUCAGGCGCGUUGCUUCUGCGACACCGGUGACGCCAGGUGUAGAGGGCCUGAUUAUCAACACGUUCACAUCUACUAUUACGGCGAAUGCCGACAGAUGCCUAUGUGCAAGGAAGAGGACAUGGCCGAUUUUCCCAGGCGAAUGCGCGACUGGCUGUUCAACAUUAUGCGUGAUUUGGCAGACCGUCAGGAAUUGCCGUCACAUUAUUUGAAAAUGCAACGCGAGGCCGAGACUAAUAACACAUUGCGCUGGGCGAAUGCGGCUAUCUGGAAAUGGUGUGAUCUGGAUGGCCAUCCGCAUGACCGGUCGGUGUCCCGACACGAGCUCUUCCCCAUAAGAGCGCCUUUGAUGGCCCUCGAGCAUUGCAUCGCGCCCUUCCUCGACUCCUGCGAUGUCAACAAUGAUCACAAAAUCACGCUGAUCGAGUGGGGCAAGUGUCUACAGCUUGAUGAGGAUGAUAUAGACGAUAAGUGCGACGAGCUGGCAGAAGCGAACCAGGAGUAAUAUUAAAAGCGCGUCGGAUCCUCCUUGGAGAAAGACGGGAGACGGGGCGCGAGCGAGACGGCGAAUACAAGAGAUCGGGUCGGGAUGCGAGCACAAUAGCUGGACGGGACAAACGGUCGAGGAGGAAGCGAAGGGCGCAGGUGACGCGCAGGGCAGGGUCGGAUAAAAAUGGCGGGAAAAAUUACUGCGAACGCGCAUACACGGGUUCGUCAGAGCGCAAGUCCGGCGCGUGUCGACGAGUCGAUACCGCGCAACGAGGCAUCAUGGUGCUGCCGAUAUACCUGGCUCCCGUCUCGUGCGUGCCAGCAACCGACAACCGACUUCGUACUGCGCUCCUCAAUAAUACAAGCCGUAUCAUCGUUACAUGGCGGCGCAAUUCGCGAUCACGGCUGAUUACGCCAGCGGAGAGAACUCGAAUCCCCGCGUGUAAUCGAAUAUUCACUAAAUGCGUCUCGAUACUUAGAAUCGCAUGAUUCGAUUAAUUCGAAUUCAAGUACUUCAAGUACAAGAAGCUAUAUUUCGAUUAUAAAUGUAAAUAGAAUGUAAAAAUGUAAAUGUAAAUGAGAUAUCGAGAAACUCACCGACAAGUCCCGCAUAUUCCAAUUAUUCGAAUAGUACCAUUGUGCGAAUAUUUAUGUCCUUUACGUCUCUACAUUCUCCGUUACGAUUAUAUUUUACCGCUUCGUUGCAAACCGUCUGUUUCGCCGUCCAAUGAUGUCUUAGAGAACCAUUGUAGCAAUCGAUAUUUCUUCCAUGAAGGAAAGUCGCCGAUAUACAUUUUUCUGAAAAGUAUAUUACACUUUAAAAACACACGCUAAGUCAUACAGAGAAUUCAAUAUAAAAACGCCGGUUCGUUCGCGCUCUUUCUAGUAUAAUUUUCAUGUUAUCCUGUAGUGAUAUUUUCUGUAUCUGAUCUUUUGUAAGAAGUCACUGCCCUUUUCCGUCAAUAAAAAAAUUAAUACCUUUGUCUA